AUGGAAAACAUAUCUAUGGAUAUUUCAGUAAAUUCCUCAAGCAGGUCAGAGUGGUUGAAUGGAUCGAUCCCUGAAGUCAUCCCCAACUUUUAUCUGGCAUUGCCCAUCAUCUAUUCCAUCAUUUGCGCAGUUGGAUUAACUGGGAACACAGCUGUUAUCUAUGUUAUUCUUAAGGCUCCCAAAAUGAAGUCAGUUACCAAUAUGUUUAUCCUGAACUUGGCUAUUGCUGAUGAACUCUUCACGUUGGUGUUGCCCAUUAAUAUAAUUGAUUACUUACUGCUGCAGUGGCCCUUUGGAGAAUUUAUGUGCAAACUAAUUAUCUCCAUUGAUGAGUACAAUACAUUUUCUAGCAUCUACUUCCUGACUGUCAUGAGCAUUGACAGAUACCUUGUGGUUGUGGCAACUGUAGAGUCUAAAAAACUCUCAUUUCGCACCUAUAGGGCUGCUAAGAUUGUCAGCCUGUGUGUCUGGAGCUUUGUGACCAUAAUCAUUUUGCCAUUUGUUGUUUUUGCCAAGAUUCACCAAGAGCAUGGUCGAUUGCAGUGCCUCUUUGUUUUUCCUAACCCUGAGGGCUUGUGGUGGCAGAUGAGCAGGAUCUAUACUCUCAUUAUGGGCUUUGCAAUCCCUGUGUCCACAAUUUGCAUUUUAUAUUCCAUGAUGCUUUACAAAUUGAGAAGGAUGCGUCUGAACACCAAUGCAAAAGCUUUAGACAAAGCCAAGAAAAAAGUGACGUUCAUGGUUGCCAUCAUUCUGGCUGUGUGCUUGUUCUGUUGGACUCCAUACCAUCUCAGCACUGUGGUGGCCUUAACCACUGAUAUCCCACAGACUCCUUUAGUUAUAGGAAUUUCCUUGUUUAUCACCAGCCUGAGCUAUGCCAACAGCUGCCUCAAUCCAUUCCUCUAUGCUUUCCUAGAUGACAAUUUUAGGAAAAGCUUUAGAAAACUAGUAGAGUGCAGGUCAUCAUAA